AUGUCGAGUAAAUUCGAAACCAUGUCUACUAUAAAUCGCAAAACAACCGCAGAAGAUUCAGGUGUUUACGAUUUACUAACCGAAUUAUGCACCAAAACGGCUUCUAAAUACUGCAGUCAGAAUAGAUUAUCACAGAAGCGUCUAAUGGCUAAGAUGAGAUCGAAUGCAUAUGAGAUAAUACUGAAAAAAUCUAAUAAGGAUUUCUCGUCUUCAAAAGGCGAGCCCGUAGUGGACUUGCUGUCCUAUUACUUUAUGUCUCAACAAAAUGCACGAACCGUUGCUGAGUAUAAAAGAACAGUGGAGCUGAAGCAAAUAAUUAGCACAGUCCGCCAAACAGACUUUGGAGAUAACAAAGACAUUAUUUAUAACAUACUACGGUUCCUAAUAGGACUUAGCAAUACGGUCAAAGAGGAUUUGUCAGCUGAAAUGUUUCAGAAACCAUUUACAUUCGGCCUCCUUGAUGAAAUGCUGCCUAAACCAAAGAAGGAGGUGUUUGGUUCACCACAGCCCUACUCAUAUUUCCCUUCACAUGUAUUUGAGUUGCCAUUUUCCUUGAAGAAACAGGCUGACAAGCGGGUGUUGGACAGUCGGAAGUCUCAAUCUUAUACUGAAUAUACUGUGGAGAGUUUUGAUUCUAAAUCUUUGUUACCUGAGCCAAACAAUACACAUAGUCCUGGUCAAGUAGAGUUGAAAACCUUUAUGAGUCCGAUGUCACUGGCGUCAUUGACAUCAACACAUUCAUCACCAUACUCGGAAAGCACCAUGUUUAACUACCCAAGGUUGACAGGACCUAGAGACCUCCAAAUACCUGGUUCACAGUCUAAUGAUGUUAAUGUAAAGAUAUCAUUGGCAACAACUAGUAUUAAAUCUGAUGUAAAGGAAGUGUUUAGAGCUAAAGCAGCCAAUGAUUCAAUUGAUAUCUGGGAGUUAGCUACACAAGUUGACAAGGAUGUCCCUGAUGAAAUUUGGGAGAUAGUUGCCAAAAUGCCGCCGAUUCAUGAAAGACAGCUGCUGGCAUCUUCUUCAAGAGAACUUGGUUUAUGGAGACAGACUUAUGGCAAUAUAUUAUCCGAUCUGCAUGUUAUAUCAGAGAAACAGUUUAUCAGACAUAUCAUGUAUUUAGUUAUUGGUGUUGAAACAAGUUCCUUUCCAUUCAGUCAAGAAACCAACAGUUUCUACAUGCGAGAGGAUCUGAUACUAGAAUGCAUAUCAAAAGAACAUAUCAGGGGUUAUGUGGCCGAGCUGUUAUUGGUCGGAACUUAUUACAAACGGUUGUAUAAGUUCGCAUUCAACGAGAGUCUGGAGGAUCAAUUCCAUAGUAAUGGACUGGUUUAUGAGGCGGCACGAGAAGUAAUACGGCGUUAUCUAUUAGACUUUCGAUUGAAGGCAACAGAGAUCUAUGAAGAAUCAAGUAAGAACAGUGACGAGGAUCUAAAUGUUAUGCCGACAUUGUUACAAAUACUACAUCAUAUGGAGCCACUCAAAUACGAGAUAGAAACUAUCGCUUCAAUAUAUAAAGUUGUUAAUACUGAUCCCAAAGCUACAAUAUCGCACGGAGCAGAACUAAUGUCGUAUCUAUUCAACGAAAUAUCGCUAAUCACACACAGACAGACAACGUUCACCAUGUUCAACUCAUUGUAUUCUAUCUGCAAAGUUUAUUUCAAGUUCAUCGAAAGAUUCAUAUUCGAAGGUGAAUUAGACGAUAGAUUUAACGAAUUUUUUAUAAGAAAAGACAACCAGUACGUAAACAAUCGUUCAAAGAGGUACUGGGACAAAGGGUUUCAUAUAACGCAGAGUGUGGCUGUACCGGAGUUCUUGAAGCCUUUGGCCAAGUUCAUACUACUGUGUGGAAAGUCUCUGAGGUUGCUGAAAUUGUGUAAUCCUAGUGAUCCUCUAGUUCUCUUAAUAUCAUCAGAUCAUCCGUCAGUGAAGUGUUGUGCCAGUUUCAAAGAACUAGAGAGGCAACAACAAGUACUGGAUGUAUACAGGACACGAUGUCUCUUCGUCAGCGGAGAGUUGGUCACGUUUGAUCAAAUACUCUUAAAGAGAGAGGCAGAACGAAAAGCCUUCACUGAAAUGGCGUCCUUAAAACAAGCUGAAACUAUGGAGAAGAUAGUUGCCGAACGCAAGAGGCUAGCACAAUUAAUAAUUGCCGAAAAACAGCAUUCGUUAAGAGUCCUUGAAGCGGCAAUGGCAGAAGCUAAAGCGGCUAAAUGUAAAGCUAAGCAACGCGAGAGAAUGCGAUAUGAACUGGAACAUGCUGCCGAGAAGGCAAGCGAAGAAGUGGAUUCCAGACUUAGAGAUGAUGAAAAGAACAAAAUCAUGGAGUACUACUCAAAACUAAAUAUGGAAGUCGAAAAGAGUAAAAUACACACAGAAUGGAAAAUAAAGCGUUUACAGUUAGAUCAGAGUAGAAUUCAGUUGCUUUCGACUGAAGAGAGGAAUUUAAAGAGAGAGAAAUUGGAACUGGAACAUCAGAAAAAUGAAGAAGUGAUGGCAAUGUCGAUACAGAGCGAUAUGUUGAGGUCAGACGAUGAACUUGACAAUAAAGAAGAUAAUGUAGAAGAAAAUGUUGAAAGUAUUCCUACUGAGAGUGAAAUGACAGCAUCAGUAAUGUCGAUUGCCACUGAAGCAGAUAAUACAGAGGAACCUGAACCUUUAGAGUAUGACAAUAACAAAUCCAAGGCACAAACUUCCUCAGCAGUAUUCAGCGCUAUCUGUAAUGCUGCCAAAACCUUUUUCGGGGUAUCUAAGAGCAUCAAUGAAAACUGUGACAAUAGCAAAGAAUUAGACGCUCAAGGCAACAUCGUUAAACCAGAAAUUGAUACAAUAGUGAAAGCACAUUCGCUACACACACAAUCUUCCUGCGAAAUAGGCAGCAAACUAGACGACGAAUAUGACAACCAACAAUAUCAGAAAAGUAGACAGGAAGCCUUGAUGAAUAAACAAAAGAUUAUGGCUCAUGAAUUUGGGCAAACCGAUAUUGAGAAUAAUCAAGUCAAAGAUCCACCACUAAUAAACAUAGCAUCGAUAGAUGAAGAAAAUAAUUUGCAAGAAUGGACACCCUUUACAGAAGCUAAACGUAAUAAGAUGAAGGUGUUGGGUGCAGAAUUCGAUAUAAUCAAACCAAUAGAAAAGACUGUUAGUUCAGAACCAAAGACGGAUGCUCAGAAAGAAGCUUUAAUCAACAAGCAAAAAGUUCUAGGAGUGGAGUAUAAUCUUCCGUUGGAAGCGGCUGCUAAGAAGGAACCAGUGAAUGAUGCUCAGACAGAGGCAGUUCGCAAUAAGGAGAGGAUUUUGAACUCUGAUUAUGACCUACUGGGUUCUAGUACUGGAAGUUUUAAAAGGGACAAUGCGAAGCGGUCGGGGCUCACAUUAAAUUUGAAGCCAUAUGGCGAAGCUUCGUCCAAUACUUUCAAGUUAGGUGUUACUCCUAAUGCAGGGUCUGUUACUCCGGGUGAUUAUUUUCCAAGGCUCGACCUAGAGACACCUACAACGGCUGAUGUUCCCCUCGAAAGUGCCAUGACAUCAGAUGUAUAUACACCUAGAAGUGAGGCUAGUAAGGACCUAGAUUUAAAAUCCAAAAGCAAAGAGUUCCUAAGUACGGACGGAUUCAAUUUCCCAAUGAUAGUCGACGAUGAAAAUAUUGAAUCAGAAGUAACCAGCGAAGUGCAAACCGGUGACACGCCUGACUGUUCUCCAAUAAAAUCUUUAGACAUGCCGAUGAAGAAUAUGAAAUCAAAAUACUCUUUCUUCAACAUAUUAGACGGGUCUUACACUCUAGACGAAUUUGACCCUUUCGGUAUAAAGGAAUUGAGUACAUUUUCCAAAGAUCAUUUUACUAGUAAGAUGAACCUGGAAAUGACGGCUUCUUGUUACACUCAUCCAGCUGUGAUAAUGGAGGAAGUAAAGAAGCGUCCUUAUAAUAAUAUAUUUGCGUCUCAUUUUGGGCCUGAUGAGGAGGAAGAACAGAAAAUAACUUGUGAUAAUAUAGCAACACUGACAGCCUGCCUACAGAGAUCUGUAAUGUUGCCAUUAACAUACCAGUUAGAAGUUGUGAACAACUCUAUUUUAACCUAUUUCCUUGUUAACUUAGACAUGUAUGAACAUAUGAGGAGUUUGAAAGAUUACUUCUUUUUAAUGGACGGAGAAUUUUCUAGAAGUAUUUGUCAUAAUUUGUUUACGAAGUUGGUGAAGACGUUGAAUCCCCAAGAGUUGUUGAAUUUUGGGACGCUGCACAGUAUAUUGGAUAAAGCUCUCGGGUCGUCCAUAUCACAUAUACACAAAUUCUCAGAAAACCUAUCGUUCACGAUCACGGAGUCCCCUUUAAGCUUCCAGCACAGUUCUCCAGAUGUAUUACAAUGUCUCUCCCUGACUUACACAGUCAGUUGGCCUCUGAACAUUAUAUUGUCACAGGAAGCGUUACUUAGAUACGCUAAGGUGUUCCAGUUUCUGAUCAAAAUGAGACGCAUAUUUUGGGUCUUGGGUGAAGACUUUGAAUCUCUAAAAUUAUCAGCGAAGCUAUCAAGACAACAUUCGAGAAAACUCCUCAGAUCGCCGCAGUACAUAUCAGUGCAAAUAUACCGACAUAUGAUGGCUUCUAUGAUCCGAGCGCUAGACAACUACAUAGUCACAACCUGCAUUCUAUCAUCUUGGACAGAAUUUGAAAACGAUCUAAAGAAAGCUCGCACUUUGGACGACUUGUACGAAUGUCACGUGGUUUAUAUCAAAAAGGUUUUAUUCCGAUGCCUUCUCAACAAUAGAUCGACGCCUGUGAUGAAACUCCUAAACGAUAUAUUCACUGUUAUUUUGAAAUUCAGUCGAGUUUUGAAAGCUGGUGAAUGGCAACAAAAAGAACCAGAAGGAUCGUUCACACACUCAAGCUUCUCACAACUAGAAGAGCUCUUCCAUUUGUUCGAAAAACUCGCCAAAUACUUGCACAAAGUAGUCACAAAGCUGAUGGAAUGCGGAUACCAAAGACACCUGGUAGAAUUACUAACUAUGGUCAAUCUGAACGGGUACUAUGAUCCAGAUAAGUCGAAAGAACAAAAUACUACUUUGCAGUCGACAACGUGA